CGGGGAGAGAGAAAUUCUGUCGGAGUCACCUCUGCUGGAAAUCAGGAGAGGCUGGGAGAACUCAGUAGCAGCCUCUGGCAAUUAAGACUGGGGCUGCCUUGGAGGCGGGCAGGAGCUGGGUAGAAAGGCUGUAUCCUUGGCCAAGCGCUCUUGCAAGAUCAGAGGGGACCACGGGGUGGAGACUGGUCGCCGGGUGCAACGCUUCCCUGCUUGGGAGGAGCGCAGCUCCCCCAUCACCGCGCCGCGAUUGUCCCAGUUUGCGUGCCUCCCACCCCGCGCGCAUCGGUUUCCGCGCCCUGAUAAUCCAGUCCGCUCCUCCGAGACUUCCAGUCCUUCGCCCGCACUUUCCGUCUUCUUUCUCAGAGCCCCCGUGGACAAUGGAUGGCAACUCCCUGCUCUCCGUACCAAGCCAUGUGGGUAGUUGAACCAAACUCACCUACCUGCCUCUCUGCUGCCUUGUCCGCCAGGAGACCCUCUCAGGAAUCCAGCAGCAGCUUGGAGUCACCCCUGAUGUUCGAAGUUCCGGAACCACAGCCAGGCAGCGCCAGCGGCAGCGCGGGAAGCAGCCUGGGUAGCUCCAUCACCGCCUGUAAGAAGGUUCUCCGCAGCAAUAGCCUUCUGGAGUCUACAGACUACUGGCUGCAGAAUCAGAGGACACCCUGCCAAAUUGGUUUCGUGGAAGACAAGUCUGAAAACUGUGCCUCUGUCUGCUUUGUGAACCUGGAUGUGAACAAGGAUGUGUGCAGCACGGAGCACCUGCAGCAGAAAUUGGUCAAUGUUUCACCUGAUCUUCCAAAACUUAUCAGCUCCAUGAAUGUCCAACAGCCAAAAGAAAAUGAAAUUGUCCUCCUAAGUGGAUUAACAUCUGGGAAUCUCCAGACAGAUUUUGAAGUUUCACAGUGUCCUUGGCUGUCAGAUAUCUGUUUGGUCCAGUGUGCAAGAGGGAACAGACCAAACAGUACCAACUGCAUCAUCUUUGAAAUCAACAAAUUUUUGAUUGGUCUGGAACUGGUGCAGGAGCGGCAACUCCACCUGGAAACGAAUGUUCUGAAAGUGGAGGAUGACACAAACUGUUCCUUGUCUUCAAUUGAGGAAGACUUUCUCACCGCAUCUGAGCACUUGGAGGAGGAAAGCGAGGUGGAAGAAUAUAGGAAUGGUUAUGAAAAUAUAAAUGUCUCAUCCAAUGUUUUGGAAAAUAAAAAGCCAAAAGAAGCCACUCAGGAGGAAGGGCAUUACAAGCAAAAGUCACUUUAUACUUUGGAAGACAAAUACAUUAGCAAAUAUCAGACGCCACUGAUUAAAACAGAAGGCUCUCUGGGGAAAGUGGCAGAAGAUACAACUUUGCAGAGUCUCGACCCCUCAGCCAGUCCAUCAGAGUGGCAAGGUGAAGCUGUGGGGAACGAGAGGUCAACCCCAAACUAUUAUUCUCCAGAAAAUUUUCAAGGUCAAGAGGGAAAAUCACAGGGACUACAUCUUCCACGUGAUGCUUGUUUCUCAAGGAAGGUUAAGAAAGAUGGGCCUUCUGCAUGUGGUACGUUCUCUGAACAUGAGCGCAGUUUAGACCCAGGAGACCAUCAAGGCAGCACACCCUCUCUUCUUCCUGUGCAAGAUGGAGAAGCCACAACAGGCGAGUAUGCGACGAAUUUAGCAGAAUCCGUGCUGCAAGAUGCAUUUAUUCGGUUAUCUCAGUCUCCGCCUACCCUCCCCCAGGAAUCUGCAGUCCGUGUUUCUGCAGGAAGUGCUCUGCUCCCCAAGGGAUGUUCCACAAAAGAUACUGUGUUCCCUGGGUCAUGGAAUGAGCUCCCCAAAAUCGUCAUUGUUCAGAGUCCAGACGGCAGUGACGUCGGCCCUGAGCCAGGUGUCUCCUCAUGGCCCGAGACAGAAGUCACUGUUGAAACCUCAGCCAUCUUCUCUGGAGACAACUCCAGCCGACCCCCCCAGAGUGCUCUCGAAGUAGCAUUAGCUUGUGCAGCCACUGUGAUCGGAACCAUUUCCAGUCCACAGGCCACAGAAAGACUCAAAAUGGAGCAAGAAUCCUUCAUUUCAAACCAUCCCCUGGGAGGCAGUGAACUAGUGCAAACUCAAGCAUCCCAAGUACUCCAGGAACCCUCCAUCAGGGAAUACUCCUUUCCAUCUGCUUUAUGUGGCAUGACUCAGGUGGCGAGUGCUGUUGCUGUCUGUGGCCUGGGUGAACCAGGAGACAUGAAGCGUCCUGUGGCUUCAAGUGGCUUCCUGUCUGCAACUGAGGCUUCUGUUGCAAUCCCCCCACUGGGCGAUUUAGGGGCAGGAAAGAGCAUGGAGCUGGGAAAUGAAGCCAUUGCAGAGGCAUUGCUCAAGGAGGCCGCUCUGGUCUUAACGAGACCUAAUAACUACAGCAGCAUUGGAGACCUCAUGGAAUCAGUGAACAGCAGAAUCAUAGAAACUGUUUCAAAGCCUCAGACCUUGCGCUCAGAAAACAUCCUGGGGAAUGAACUGGCCCAGACCCUGUCCAAUGUUAUCCUGAAACAUUCCAUUGAUGAAGUUCACCAGAAGAAGAAAUUAAUUGACCCCAGCAAUGACAGGCAUUCAUCUGAAAUCCUGGGCACCUUAAUGGAAAGUACAAACCAGCUGCUCUUCAAUGUGAUCUGCUUCACGUUCAAGAAGAUGAGCCACCUUGCGCAGUUUGGAGAAUGGCCCACCUUCCUGUCUAAAGAGACCAUUCAAUGGAAAGAAAUCGAACUAGACUUCCAGCCAACUGAUCAAGCCAUUGACUGCAAAUGGACAAAAGCCACUGAAUACUCCAGCGGCCAUCCACUUAGCAACCUGCAUAGCAACAGUCUUGCUGGUGAUGAUCUCGUAGACAACUGGCAUCUGAAGCAAGAUAGCCAAGGGCUGGUGAAGCCAGGCCUUUUCCAGAACCCAACACUGCACUCUCAAUCGUCCUGUAGUCCCAGACUGCCUGCUAAAAUAUCCUCCAAGGAAAUAAACUUGAAAGGAACAGUGGGAGUUGAUACAAAAAACCCACAUCAACCCCCCAGCCACAGUGGGAAUGAAUGCAGAGCCCCUUCAGAAGGAGGAAUGGCACCAACAAUUGGUAAAAACAGUAGCAGUUCCCAGGACUCUGAGGACAGCAUCAAUUCAGAUGCCCAAGAAAAGAACAAGGGUGCCUCACCUCUAAGCAAUGAAGUUCAAGUUAACCUGGCUUUGUUAGAGAAUGAUUUGAGGCCUCCUGCUCAAUCCAUGCUACAGGCAACACACGCAGACAUAUACUGCAUUGCAGACUUCGCAGAAGAAUUAGCAGAGACUAUUGUCUCCAUGGCAACUGAAAUCGCAGCGAUUUGCCUUGACAACUCCAAUGGAAAGCAACCCUGGUUCUGUGCAUGGAAAAGAGGGAAUGAGUUUCUGGUUACCCCAAGCAUCUCCUGCCGAUCCUUGAAGAGGAAGAAGGAGAGCCAGGCCAAUGGGGCCACUGCGAGGAAACACAAGCCACCGCGACUCAGCGAGAUCAAGAGGAAAACAGAUGAGCACCCGGAGCUGAAAGAGAAGCUGAUGAACAGAGUGGUGGACGAAUCAAUGAACCUUGAGGACAUCCCAGAUUCUGUCAGUGUUUUUGCAAACGAGGUGGCAGCCAAGAUCAUGAACCUCACCGAGUUUUCCGUGGUGGACGGGGUCUGGCAAGCCCAGAGCCAUUCCCGGAGCCGGUUGCUCAGUGGAGACAGGUGGAACAGGCUGAAGGCCUCCAGCUGUGAAAGCAUCCCAGAGGAGGAUUCCAAUGCCAGGGCCUACGUAAACAGCCUGGGUUUAAUGAGUACCCUCAGUCAGUCCGUUAGCAGGGCCAGCUCGGUCUCCAAGCAGUCCAGCUGUGAGAGCAUCACGGAUGAGUUUUCCAGGUUCAUGGUGAACCAGAUGGAAAACGAAGGAAGAGGCUUUGAGUUACUGCUGGAUUACUACGCGGGCAAGAAUGCCAGCAGCAUUCUCAACUCAGCUAUGCAACAGGCCUGCCGGAAAAGCGAGCAUCUCAGCGUGAGGCCAAGCUGUCCCUCGAAACAAUCCAGCACCGAAAGCAUCACUGAGGAGUUCUACAGGUACAUGCUGAGGGACCUGGAACGAGAAAGCAGAGACAACCCCUCCUCCAGAAGAGGCAGCCAAGACUGGACCACCGGUUUGCUGUCACCGUCUCUGCGAUCCCCUUUGUGUUACAGACAGUCAUCCGUGCCCGACAGCAGAUCCCUGGGCGCCCGGCUGACGGUGAACGUGCCCAUCAAAGCCAACUCCUUAGACAGCUUUGCUCAAAACGGCCAGCAAGACUUCCUCAGUGUGCAGCCUGUCAGCGGUGCGUCCUCCUCGGGUCUCUGCAAAUCUGACUCUUGCUUGUAUCGAAGAGGGGGAGCGGAUCAGAUCACAAACAUGCUCAUCCACGAGACGUGGGCAAACUCCAUCGAGGCCCUCAUGCGGAAGAACAAAAUUAUAGUGGAUGACACCCAGGCUGCCCAGGCUGAGCCGGCUUCUGCUGGCGCUGCCUCACAGGUGGAGAAGGGUGCGAGUGGAUUAGCUCCGGCCGGAGUGCAAAGUGGAUCCACUCUUCUGGUUCAGGAGUCCGCUGAUUACCCGAGGAAAAAUUCCAUCACGGAAAGCCAGCAUCCCCCGACGUCAUCACCCAGCAAAGCGGCUCUUCUGACAAAUCGCCACAGUUUAGAUUCUAAAAAGGAAGCGUCCUUCUGCCAGGAGGCUGUCCCUCCAAGCCACACCAGGCGAUCGCUUUGCUCAAGGGAAGUGCCUUUAAUUCAGAUUGAAACAGAUCAGAGAGAAGAUUGUGUUGGAGAAGCCGAACCCGUUCUUUCCGAACGCGUCCUUUCCAAAAGCAGCCCCCUAGAAGAAGCGGACCAGUUGAAAGAAGAAAAAGUCCCAGAUGCGAGGAGGGGUGGAGAAGCGGCUGUGAGUGCCCACCAGAACCCUAGCGACAGACUUGACGCCAAAGAUGUACCAGAGGCUGAAAUCUCACCAGAAGGCAGAGCCCCUGAUGAGUUCCCCAACCCUCCUGGCAGCAGUGGGGAGAGCACAGACAGCUGGUCCCAGCUCGCCAAUGAGGAGGACAACCCAGAUGACACAAGCAGCUUCCUGCAGCUCAGUGAGCGAUCCAUGAGCAAUGGCAACAGUAGUGCCACUAGCAGUCUUGGCAUUAUGGACCUGGACAUUUAUCAGGAAAGCAUGCCAUCUUCUCCCAUGAUUAAUGAAUUAGUAGAAGAAAAGGAGAGUCUUAAAGGACAGUCAGAAAACAUAGAGGAACAUGCCUCUGCAACGCCAGUGGGAACAGCCCACCGCCAGGGGAGCCUGCUGGUGAUCAACUUUGACCUGGAACCGGAGUGUCCUGACACUGAGCUUCGAGCCACUCUGCAGUGGAUAGCUGCCUCUGAACUCGGGAUCCCCACUAUCUACUUUAAGAAAUCUCAGGAAAACAGAAUCGAAAAGUUUCUAGACGUGGUGCGGCUGGUUCAUCAGAAGUCCUGGAAAGUGGGGGACAUCUUUCAUGCCGUCGUGCAGUACUGUAAGAUGCACGAGGAGCAGAAGAACGGGACCCCAAGUCUCUUUGACUGGCUCUUGGAACUGGGAUAAGGCAGCUACGCCUCGCAGAGGGUCCCUUUCCUUCAUUCCAGCUUAGAUUACAGUGGUUUGCUCCAAAUGCUCUGAACUGUCUCCAACAUCCCAUCACAUUAAUAGAGCUAUUUUUAAAAAAAUCUGCUGUGCAAGUUGACGGCACAUGGAAUAAACCUGAGGCAAAGCAAAAUAUAGGUCUGUACAAAACAACACAACCUGUGGUGAGUUCAAGAGAACUUGUAUUAGAAUGCCUGGGAAAACAGACAUGUAAUUGGGCCCAAAUGAAAAACUUAUAACCAGGCCCAUAAACUCCAGGAAAGUUGCACUUGCAUAUUUUUAAUAAUAUAAAAUGCUAUGUAAUGCCUCUAAUUAUGUGAAUCAACUGGAAACGAAGUCACUGGUCGAUGCUAUGUUCUUUAUUUUACGUUUAUGAGCCAAUGAAGGGUUUCUCUGUCCAAGGAAACACUUAAGAUAUGGGUGAGGAUUUUCCAAACUUUUGAUAUAAAAGCGUGCCAGUUUCAGACCUUUAUCAGUGGAUAUGAACAGAAAUGCAAGAAUAUGUCAAUGCAAUGUCCUCUACGGAGGUGGUUUCAUUUGGUCACUAUAGCCCUCUAAUAAAUAUUCCACAUCUCUCCAACUAUAUCUGAGAUCCUAGCUAAUCAGAAAACCAUUGGUGUUCAGCCGAGAAAGAGAUUGACAAUGGUCUUGUUUUCAUCUCCAUGUUACAUGAGUGACAUGAUUACAAAACUCUUACCCCAAGGGAAAGCUUUCUUACAAAAAAGGGUCUUUUGAGAUAAAAUCUGUGUGUACAUUAAAUGAUAUAAAAAAUAAACUGACAUCUUAUUUUUAUUGUAAAUUGUGAAGAGAUGGUUAUCUUAAUAUAUUGAGGUAGCUUUAGAAGUUCGUGAAAACUGAAGAGGUUUUUGUCUUAAGUCAUGGAUUGAUGCUUGAGCUCCAUGAUUUCAUUUGUAAAUGUGUUGGUGCCAGUAUGGCAGACCCACUAGUCAGAUGACAUUUAGAAUGACAGAGGCAGGAUUUGACAUGACAGGUAGGAUCAUAGACUUCCUGACUUAAGCAUACGGGCACUUAAUUUGGGAAAAAAGGAAAUGUUAUCACAUGGACAUAUUUUAAUAACAGAGAUUUACUCUUUGGAAAAAUAAAGGUAUCUAACCUCUCUCUAAUAAGUCUUCUUUCCCUUCAACUAAAUGAGCUAGACUGGUUUUAUUUUCUUGAUCAAAGAAAGUAUUUAUUAAAGAUUUCCUGAGAUACUAUGGUUUUUCACUAUUUUUUAAGACUGAGAAUUAAUUUUAAAUGUGAACAAAGCCCCCAUGCCAUCAGUGCUGGCCUUAUGAGUCAUCCACAUCUUGAAAUUUCAAGAAAGCUUCACUGUAACCACACUUCUUCCCCAGGAAUCCUUUCCAGGACUCAUUAGGCAUUUAUUACAACAAUAGUCCAAUUUAAAGUAAUACAUUUAACUUGACGCAUAAAGAAAUUUCAAAUUUGGGGAGUUCCCAGUGUGGCUCAGUGGGUUAAGAACUCAACUAGUAUCCACGAGGAUGUAGGUUCAAUCCCUGGCCUUGCUCAGUGGGUUAAGGAUCCAGCUUUGCCACAAGCUGCAGUGAAAGGCACAGAUCUGACUUAGCUCCAGUGCUACCAUGGCUGUGGCAAAGGCCCACAGCUGCAGCUCUGAUUCAACCUCUAGCCUGAACACUUCCAUAUGCUGCAGAUGUGGCCCUAAAAAGAAAAGAAAAAAGAAACGUCAAAUUUCUCAUUUAUCCAUCAUCUCGAACUGAAGGUUCUUUGGGGCCCUAGAGGGAAAAGGAUAUAUUUAUUUUUUAAACAACCCCAGAAUAUUGUGCGUAGACUUUUGUUGUGCUCGAAUGAAUGUUUACUUAUCCUAUAAGCACAAAUACUGAAUUGUAACCAUGUGAUGAAAUUAUAUAUGUUGUACCUAAAGUUGCAAACUAAUCAAUAAACUUUUGUUGCCAAAU